ACUCACUCCUCCUUCCUCCUUCCUCCUCAGAUGUUCCAGGAGGCGAAGUGGAUUUGUGAGCGUGCCCGAACCGAAGACGAAGCAGAACUAAUUGAAUGCGCAGAGCUAAUCCUUCCAUGGCUGCCACCGUCCGACCUUGCUUCCGUGUCUUCGACCUGCAAAGCCCUCCACCGGAUAUCCCGAAUAAUCAACACCAGGAGAGCUUCGGAUGCCGCGAGAAGCUUCGAAACGAAUCCCAUCCCAUUCCUCAACUCCGUCGAUGACCAACCCUACUCCUAUUUCAUCUACUCCCAAUCUCAAAUUCUAGGUUUCCCUGACUCUUCUCCCUUAUCCCAACAACCAUGGGGAUUCAUCCCUAGACCUACUUAUAGUAACAGACCCUACUCGAAGCCAUCUUCAGAUACUGGUUUCGAUCUGAAUCCGAUGCGUUCCUUCUCAAGAACGCUCGAACUUGAUUGUGGUUGUGACUGUAAGAUCUGUUCUCAAUCUCAUCAAGUGAAAGAAGUCGGGAAAUCAGAAUGCUGCCCAUGUUCGACUAUCCGGCCCGAGCUUUUGGGUUCGAGUCCGGACGCGGAAAUGGUGAUGACCGAGUGUGGACCGAGUUGCGCUUGCGGGUUGGAUUGUGAGUACCGCUCGACUCUGCGAGGAAUUUCAAUUCGGCUGGCAAUCGUUAAGGAUCAGAGGAAAGGUUGGGGAUUGCACGCCUCUCAGUUCAUUGGGCGUGGCGAAUUCGUCUGCGAGUACGCUGGUGAAGUAUUGACAACUGAAGAAGCCAGAAGGCGGCAGCAGAAGUACGAUGAACUUGCUUCAAUUAGUCAAUUUUCUUCUGCCCUUUUGGUUGUGCGAGAGCAUCUACCUUCCAGGAAAGCAUGUUUGAGGGUGAACAUUGAUGCCACAAGAGUUGGAAAUAUUGCACGCUUUGUUAAUCAUUCUUGUGAUGGCGGCAAUCUUUCAACAGUCUUGGUGAGAAACUCAGGCUUGUUGCUACCUCGUCUUUGUUUCUUUGCUUCUAGAGACAUACAAGAAGGUGAAGAGGUUACAUUUAGUUAUGGAGAUGUUAGACUCAGGCCUAAUGGCUUACAAUGUUUUUGUAGUAGCUCUGGUUGCUUCAGAGUGCUGCCUUCAGAACAGACAUGAUGGUCUCCCUCAAUGUUAGAUUUCCUCUGCUCCAUUUUAGUAUAGUAUCUGUUUAAUGCCUUCACCAUCUGAGGCUAAUCUGACAACAUUUCAUUUUUCAAUCAACAAGCGAUCCUUAGCG